AUGAAUUCAUUGAUAAAAUCAUCAAAUAAUAUAUUUAGAAAUGUUUUAAAUAAAAGACAAAUUAUUAAUAAUAGAGUAUCAUAUAGAUUCUAUUCAUCAUCAAAUAAUUAUCAAAAUUUUAACAAUAAUAAUAAUAAUAAUAAUAAUAAUCAAAAUAAUCAAAAUAAUAAUAAUAAAAAUUACUUUAAAGAUUUUAUGGCAGUUGGAAUAGUUGGAGGACUUUCAUUAGCUAUACCAUCAAUUGCAUUUUGUGUUGAAUGUUUUGAAGAAGAUGAUGAAUUCAUCACUCAAAUUAAAACUGGUUUUAAAUUUCCAAAGAUUUUAAGUACUGAAUAUCCAUUCAAUCUUGUUAAUAUCGGUAGUAGAAAACUAUCAUUCAUAAAUAUGAAUGUUUAUUCAAUUGGAUUUUAUAUUAAUAAAGAUAAUGCAAAGAAUAAAUUAAAUGAACAUUAUUCAAAUCAAAGUAAAGAAGAUUUUUGUAUGAAUAAAGUAGAGAUUGCACAAGAUAUUUUAGAUAAAGGUAUUGGUGUAACAAUAAAGAUUAGACCAACUAGAAAAGUGAAUUGGGGUCAUAUUUAUGGCGGUUUUCAAAGAAGUUUAAUCAUUAUGUUAUUAAAGAAAUAUGAUAUGCCAUUGGACGAAAUCGAAGUAUUGAUGAAUCAACUUAAAUCAACUUUGAAAUCCACUCAAGAGAUCUCAACAACUGAAUCAAUUGAUUUCAUAAAGAAUGAUGGUUUAGAUCCAUCUUUAAUCAUUUUAUUCAAUAAUAAACAAGUUUUAGAAAUUAAAGAUAAACGUUUAGCAAAUUGUUUCUUUGAUUUCUAUUUAGGUGAUAAUACUAAAACUCCUGAAGCUAGAAAUCAAUUCUUUGAAAAUCUUUGGUCAAUCUUUAAUCAUGAUCAAAAUUUAAAAAAUAAUAUUCAUCAUACUUUAACAAAUCCAAUUUAA